AUGGCGCCAUCCGUCGCGUCCACGCGCGCGUCGUCGUCGCGCCGGGACAAGAAGAUACAACCCGGGGCGGUGAAGAUACAACUCACCGCACCUACGCUCGUCGCGAGCGAUCCGCGAGACGCGCACGUGGCGUUCAGCGUCAAAACGCGCGCGACGGCGAGAGAAUACAUUUUGCAAUGCCGAAGUGAAUUACGCGAUGGACACGCCACGUUCGACGUCCAGCGGCGGUACGGAGACUUUGUCACGCUGCGAACGCGAUUGCGGGAGUCGUAUCCGGGAGCGGUGAUCCCGCCGCUGCCGAAGGCGCCGGAAUUGGAGGGCGAACGCGCGCGGACGACGGCGUUGGAUGGCGACGCGUGCGAAAAGCGAAGGCAACAUCUCGUGCAGUUUUUGACGCGAUGUGGCGAGCACCCGAUGCUGUAUAACUCCACAGCGCUGUUGAUGUUUCUCACGGAGAAUGAUCGAGGGGCGUUCGUCGAUGCGAUGGCGCGGCGGAUGUUAGGGGCGGCGGUCGGCGGCGGCGCUUCAACGUCGAGCCCGAGCGCGGCGAAUCCCUCGUGGUUCGGGCAGAUGUUCGGCAGCACGCGGACGAUAUCGAGCGUGCUCAAGGAUGAAGACCCGCAAUAUUUGCAAGUGAUUGAGUACACGAAGAAGAUUGAGGACCAGAUUGUGGGCUUUCGAGAGAGCGCGAGAGAGUACAUGAAACAGUUGGAACAGCGUGUGAACGCGACGAGGCUGUUGGAACUAGGAAAGAGCGCGCGCGCGAUGGGAGAGUGUGAGUCAGGUUGGGGUCGACCUUUGGCGCGUAGAAGUAAGUGCGUGUCGUUGGGAACCGUGCUCGGUGCAUUUGCAGAUUGCGCAGAAUCGUUGACUGGCGAGGACGCGCACGAGCUGCAAGUCGUUGAACACAUGAAAGCGCUCAAGCGGGAGUUCAAGGAUUGCUUGCGGAUGCUCGGUGCGGUGCGAGAGACGUUUGAAGAUCGUGCAGAAACGCUCUUACACUACGAAAUCACGUGCGAUCGGUAUGACGAGGUGGUUCGCCAAAAAGGCAGAGCGCUCGCCACGGUGGAUCCGGAUUGUCUCGCCGCCGAGGCUUUGAUGAAAGAGGCAAAGGAGCGAUACGACAUGAUAGUCGAGCGCAUGCGCGACGAGCUUCCUAGAUUUCACCGGUUGUCAGGAAAUGCGCUCACGCGCGGCUUGCGAGCGUUCGCCAGGGCGAGCGCGGACUUGGCGAAGAUGGAAGCAGAGAUGUGGGGCAUGUUACUUCGUGAUGACGAUGCCUCUAAUCGCGACGCUCCUGCGUCAAACGCGAACGGCGAAAACACUGCCCUGUGGCAAGCCGCUGAACUCGCGGCGGAAACACCAUCGAGACCGCUGACGACGAUGGAACGUGCGCGCAUCGAGCGUGAGGAGCGUCGGGCGGAUCGCGCGAGACGCCGCGCGGCGAAGGAGGAGAGAGCUAUUUACAAACAAUGGAAAGCAACGGCGCGCCAGGCCUUAGCAGAAGGACGUCCUGUGCCUCCACGCCCUGGAAGUUCUGCCCCUGUGGCGAUGCCUCCUGCUUCGAUGCAGGCGAGCGCGCCGAGCGCGCCGAGCGCUCCCCCUCCGCCUCCCCCUCCACCACCUCCUCCCCCUCCACCACCGCCUGGCGGGCACGCGCCACCGGACGAGAACGCUGCACCAUCACCACCAAAUCCACCGAAUCCAAACGAUCCGCACGCUAUGCUCAUGGCGUCGAUCCAAGCUGGCGUUUCUCUUCGCAAGAAACAAGCGAGCGCGAGCGAUUUCACAUCCGCGACGUCCUCGGUGAUCUCUGAUUCGGAGACUUCGCCGACGCCCUCGCGCGGUACAACACCCCCUCCAGCGCCAACGCCACCACCGCCGCCAUCCUCGCGUAACAUUCCUCCGUCGCCACCCCCGAGCGUCGGCAAACCGCCCAAGCCGCCGCCGCCGCCGCGCUCGAUUUCGCCGCCAAAGAAACCGCCACCGCCACCGCCACCGAACAAAGGUCUCGGCGAGCUCAACUCCGCCAUAGCCGCGCAAUUAGACCUGUCUGGAUCACACCUCGGUGGUGAUUCUGACGAUUCCGAUUGGAGCGACUAG